AUGUCAGACAUAGUCGACAUUCUUGAUUCGACCAGCAACAAUGAUCCAAUUAAUUUAAAUGUCGAUGAUGAUUCCGAUGAAAAUAGUGAAACACCAUUUCAACGUCUUCUGCACCUUCAUACUUCAAAUUCAAAUUACAAUGAUAGAAAAAAUGCUGUUAAAUAUAUCUUAGAUGCACUUCGUCUGGUUAAUGAUGUAGAAAGUCUAUACCAAAUCUUAUCAUGUACGAAAAAAUUAGCGGACGAUAUUGUAACACAAGUUCAAAUCGAUACAUUAGAAAAAUUUAUUUUAAUUAUUGAAUAUUUAAUAUCUAACGUUGAAAAUGCUGAUUUAUUAAUAAAAGAAUAUUUAUUUCAAUCAAUAAUCCAAACAAUCGGACAUGGAAACAAUCGAAUACGUAAAGCAAGUCAAUCAGCAUUAAUUCGUUUGUUUGAAUUAGAACAAAUCAAAGCAGAUGAAAUUGAAAAUGACAUCAUUCCUGCUUUGUGUCAAUUAGAAAAAGCUUGUGAUGAUUUUAAAAACGAAUCGAUUCUUUUGAUGACCCGUUUGACUCAAUAUGUCUCAAAUGAUUUAAUAUUAAAAUAUUUUGUUCCGACGAUUGUUCAACAAUCAUCGUCAAUUGCAUUUCAAACACGAAAGACGUGUGCAACGUCUAUUGGUGAUUUAUCAACAGUUAUUCCACCAGCAGCAGUCGAUCAAUAUCUUGUUCCAUGUAUAUCCAAUUUAUGCAGUGAUCCAUUUUGGGGUGUUCGGAAAAGUUGUGCUGAAGUGAUACAUCCAUUAGCUCAAGUCUGUUCAAAAGAAUCCCGUUGGAAUAUUUUAUCUCCGUGUUUAAUCCAAUUGUUACAAGAUCAAUCGCGUUGGGUGAAAACAGCCGCUUUACGUAUACUCGGAUAUUUUAUUUCGACAUUUGCACGAACAAAUGAAAAUGAUGAACAAAUUAAUAAAGAUGAAUCGAAAUCGAAUGAUCAAAUUGAUAAUUUAUGUUCGAAUCUUCAAGAAAACGUUCAAUUAACUACGAAUGACAAGUUCAACGAUUUUAAUUAUUGGAGAGAACCACUUUUAACUGACAUCAAUUUCGAUGAAGUGAUUCGAUCGAGUUUAAGUCAAUCUUCAACAACUCGAAAACAAUCUUUACUUGAAUUAUCGAAGAAUUAUGAUCAUGAUGAUGUUAAUAGUAUUCUUCCAAUUGAAUUAUUAGAUUAUUAUACAAAUUUAGUCGAACAAUCAUAUUCAAGCGGUGUGGAAACUGAUAUUAUUCAUCAAGGUGCCCAUACAUUUCCUGCUGUUGUUUUAACGCUCACAAAUAAAAAUUGGAAUCUUAUUCGAGAUAUUCAUAAGAAGUUCGCCGAAGAUUUACAAUGGAAAGUUCGUCGAACGUUGGCGUAUUCGUUACACGCAAUUGCAGAAUUAUUAACUGUUGAACAAGUUGAAGAAGAUUUAUGUCCAAUUUUCGAAUCUUUUCUUCGUGAUGUUGAUGAAGUGAAAAUCGGAAUUCUUUCCCAUUUAGCUCAAUUCCUCAAAGUUCUUCAAAUAUCAAAACGACAAACUUAUUUAGAUAAAUUAACUUGUUUAACAUCAGUGGAUAAUCAAAGAAAUUGGAGAUUUCGAUUAGAAAGUGCAAAUCAAUUAUUUGAAUUAACACCGUUAUUUUCUUCAUCUGAUAUUGGUGAUUAUAUAAGUCCAUUAGUCUUUGCAAUGGCUGUUGAUAGAGUAGCAGAAGUUCGACAUACAGCAAUCAAAGCAUUAUCUGGUUGUUAUGCGAAAUUUAAUAUUGAAAAUGCUGAAAAUCAAUUAGAAGUAUUUCUUGAUGAUUGUCAUCGAGUAUUUGGCUCGUCACAAGAUUGGAAAUUACGUCAAUCAUAUAUUAAUCUAUGUGAAUCGAUUUAUAAAUUACAUGGAGAUACAUCAGAUCAAUAUUCAUUGAGAUUUCUCGGAACACUUUUAUCAUUAAAAGAAGAUCCAGUUGUUAAUGUUCGUCUUUCACUUGGAACAUUUGUUUAUCAAAAUCUAGUUCACAAUGAUUUUUAUAAUGGUUUAUCAGAUGAUUGGAGAAGUCAAUUAGAUGAAUGUCUUCAAAUGUUAUUAGUUGAUCGUGAUCGUGAUAUAAUAACAAUGAAGAUUCAGAUAGUUCAAUACAAAAUAAUACAAUUACGCUCGGUGAUCAAUCUUAACUUAUUCUUGUUAUUUUUCGUUUUUCUAUUCAAUGACAUAUCAUUUCAUUUCUUUGCAAAACCAUCAAACGUUUUCUUCAAACAACUCGACACAUUUCUUUGUUUCAAGAUGAGAAUUCAUCUUGCUUUUGUCUUUCGACAAGAGAAAUUUCCGUGUAACAAGUCGAAUUCAAUGUGA